AUGCUUGCAAAAGCCCUUGCAAAAGAAAGUGGUGCAAACUUCAUCUCUAUUCGUAUGUCAUCAAUCAUGGACAAAUGGUAUGGUGAAUCAAAUAAGAUGGUUGAUGCUGUUUUCUCAUUGGCAGCCAAACUACAACCAUGUAUUAUUUUCAUUGAUGAAAUUGAUUCAUUCUUAAGAGAAAGACAGUCAGCAGAUCAUGAAGUUACUGCUACUUUGAAAGCUGAGUUUAUGACACUAUGGGACGGAUUAACAUCAAGUGGGAGAAUCUUAGUGUUGGGUGCUACUAAUAGGCCAAAUGAUAUUGAUUCAGCAUUUAUGAGAAGAAUGCCAAAGAGAUUUUCUGUGGGGUUGCCAAAUAUUGAACAAAGAACCCGUAUUUUGAAAAUUCUGUUGAAAGAUACUGAAGUUGAUGAAAAAGAGUUUAAUUUGGACCAAUUAAUAUUGAGUACUGAUGGAUUUAGUGGUUCAGAUUUAAAAGAGAUGUGUAGGGAUGCUGCAUUAAAUGCUAUGAGAGACUAUAUCAGACAAAAUAUCAAGAAUGGUAAAAAAGUCACAGAAGGUGAUAUCAAAGUGAGACCGUUGAAGAACUCUGACUUUGCUGGUACAUUGAAGAACACGCUCACGACGGCUUCAACCGCUGAGUUUUUAGAACCAUCUGCUUUAGGCUAG